GCCGGAGGGGGCAGCGGGGACAUGGAGACUUCCCCCACGCCGAGGGAGUCGGAAACCACGCGCCUGGUGAGCCCCCGAGACCGCGGAGGCGCUGGCGCCGGUGGGCUGCGCUUGAAAAGUCUCUUCACAGAACCCUCAGAGCCCCUUCCUGAGGAACCCAAGCCUGAGGGAAUGGCCCGCCACCACUGCCACAGGGACCCGUUACCACAGGCAGGCCUCACCCCUGAGAGGCAACGCGCGAGGAAGCAGCUGUAUGCUGCCUCUGCUGUGUGCAUCCUUUUCAUGACCGGGGAGGUGGUGGGUGGGUACAUGGCGCAUAGCCUGGCCAUUAUGUCCGACGCAGCCCACUUGCUGGCAGAUGUGGCCAGCAUGUUGGGCAGUCUCUUCUCUCUUUGGCUUUCUACCCGGCCGGCCACCCGCACCAUGACCUUUGGUUGGCACCGCUCAGAGACUCUGGGGGCCUUGGCCUCUGUCUUCUCCCUCUGGCUGGUCACUGGCGUCCUCUUGUACCUGGCCUUCGUCCGCCUGCUGCACGGCGACUACCACAUUGAGGGCAAUGCCAUGCUGCUGACCGCCAGCGUUGCGGUCUGUGCUAAUCUUAUAAUGGCCUUCGUGCUACACCAAGCUACCCCCCAUCACAGCCACGGGUCCAGGGGGGCUGGAUAUGCACCUCUAGAAGAGGGACCUGGGGAUCCCCUGUCCGCGGGGAGCACCAACACCAGUGUCCGGGCGGCCUUUGUGCACGUGCUGGGGGACCUCCUGCAGAGUCUUGGGGUUCUGGCAGCCGCCAUCCUCAUCUACUUCAAGCCUCAAUACAAGGCCGCCGACCCCAUCAGCACCUUCUUCUUCUCUGUCUGUGCCCUUGGAUCCACGACCCCCACUCUCCGAGAUGUUCUUCACAUCCUCAUGGAAGGUGCCCCCCGUGGCAUAGGAUUUGAGCCUGUACGGGACACACUGCUGUCGGUGCCGGGAGUCCGGGCAACCCAUGAGCUGCGCCUGUGGGCCCUGACACUCAGUUACCACAUCGCCUCUGCACAUCUGGCCAUUGACUCCUCGGCUGACCCUGAAGCUGUCCUGGCCGAGGCCUCCUCCCGCCUCUACUCCCGCUUUGGGUUCUCCAGCUGUACCCUGCAGGUCGAGAAAUACCAUCCUUCGAUGGACCACUGCCUGCGCUGCCGGGAGCCCCCCCACGCCUGAGCUGCACCCCACCCUCGCCCCACUGCCAGGCCCAGGCUCAGCCCUGGACUCUCAUCACCGUCCUCUCUGAUCCCAGAGAAGGGACUGAGCCGGGCCCAUCCCCCUUCCUCCUUCUUCCCCUUGCCAACCUCCUUCCCCAGCGCCAGCCCCAGUGGGCAAGACUAAAGUGUGCAGGGGCAGCGCAGCAGGAGUCGAGCAGAACUACUGUGAGCGGUUCAGGGGUCUGGGGUGUGUGGAAGCCCCUGAACUCCUCACGCCCUACAGUCCUUGCUCUCGGUGGCUGUGAGAGCCAAGCGCAUCCUUUCGGUGCAAUCCCCGUGGUGGCUGGCUGGCUGGCUGGGGGCACCCGCCUGCCUGUGUACUGUUGGUGUGCCUAUGCCUGGGGAGGUCAGCAGGGGCCCCCUCCCCACGUGGUCCUCACUCCGUCUAUGCAGAGGCCCCAAGCUUGCACUUUGUCCAUGUGUCCUAGCCCUGUGAUGUUGUGUGUGUGUGUGUCUGUGUGUGUGUGUGUGUUUCUUGGUGCUGUGUGGCCUAUGUGUCUCUGUGCCUGUGUGGCUGUGCUAUGGUGGCUCGAGUCUGCUCCCUCCGUGUGUGUCCGGAGGUCUGCCCGUCCAUCCCUCUGUUGGUGCUGUGCCUUCUGCUAUCCAAGGGAGAGGGAGGACCCU